AUGCCUGGCGAGAAGUGAGGGAUCCGAAGAAUAGGGCGACGCAUUUUCUUGCCUUCUUUGCGUGGGCGCGAGCAAGCAUCCGCCAAGCGCGCGCGGGCCUCUUGGAUCUUCGCUCCCCGGGCCGGCAUUUUGCUUGGAUUUGUAGGAGGAGGAGGGACGAGGGGAUUGAGUAGUGCGUCGAGGUCAGAUCAGUUGGAACAGGAAUCCAGAUCGUAGCGAGUGGAAAUUUCACGCACAUUUUAGGCAAGAAUUUCCCGGUUCCUCGUCUCUUGCCUCGCUCUCCUCCUCUCUCCAUGGCCGGCUCUGAUUCGGAGCAGCCUGUUCACGACGAUCUGGAUGGCCCCGAUUCGCCACUGGAUCAGGGCGACGAUCUCGCGUCGUUUCAGGACGGGGAUUCCAGGGAUUCCAGGCACCAUCACCAUAGGGAUUUGCUCAACGAAGAUGCUCAGGUAGACACCCAUGGAGAUGAUUCAGCCAACGGACACACAGAGAGAACGUCCAGUGCAGGAGGAAACGGGAAGAUUUUCAUCGGCGGGCUAUCAUGGGAUACAACCACAGAGAAGCUCGAAAGUCACUUCAAAAAGUAUGGGGAGAUCACGGAUGCAGUGAUCAUGAGGGACCGGAGUAGUGGGAAUCCCCGCGGCUUCGGAUUCGUAACGUUUGCGGAUUCGGAUGUUUGCGAUCGAGUGUUGCGAGACAAGCAUGUUUUGGACGGCAGGACUGUUGAAUGCAAGAGAUCUAUACCUCGCGAAAGCAUGCUUGUCGUCAAGGGUCCAAAGACAAAGAAGAUCUUUGUAGGAGGGAUUCCACCCUCCAUCACAGAAGAGGAAUUCAAGGCUUACUUCUCCAGCUUUGGCAAUGUGAUCGAGCACCAAAUCAUGCAGGAUCACAACACCGGGAGAUCUCGCGGCUUUGGAUUCAUAGUAUUCGACAGCGAGCAAACUGUCGAAGACGUGCUCUCACACGGAAGGAUGCACGAGCUUGGAGGCAAACAGGUGGAAAUUAAGAAAGCAGAGCCAAAGAAGGCAAUGCAGGACAGUGGUGGUGGUGGCGGCUAUGGCCCAAUCAAUCGUGGUGGUGGGUACGGAAGCUCCGGUGGUGGUGGCCACUAUGGGUACGGCGACUACGCCCUGGGCGGCAGCUACGGCACCUCCUACCGGACCGGCAGCGGUGGCUAUGGAAGCCGAGGAGCGGGCUUGUACUACGGUGGCUACAGUGGGAGUUACGGUGGAAGUUACGGUGGUAUUGGCGUGGGAUCCUACGGCGGGGGAUCGAUGGGCGGGGGAUACAUGGGAUCCUACGGCGUUGGUGGAUAUGGAGGUGCUUAUGAUGACGGGUACGCUGGCAUGGGAUACAGCGGCUACGGUGGCUACGGGAGUGGUUAUGCCUCUGGUAACUACGGUGGUAGCAGCGGUGGUUAUGGUCACAGUAACAGCAGGAGCCAUGCUAGCAGCAGCACGGGCCGGUACCACCCUUAUAGCCGGUAUUGAGGGAUGGGUAAAUAGCUCAACGCUCUUAUAUACACCAGGCACUAAUCUUAUCUUUGUACAUUAUGUUUCCCUUAAGACUCCAACACCACCUUUUGAAGCGAUCAAGGGAAUCAGAGACCAUAUCACAUUGUUUGGUUAUAAAAAAGAGUAAAGGUUUUUAAGCACUAAAGGAUGACGGGAUUCUUUUUCUCCCUGGUC